AUCUCACAGAGGCUCCCUCUAAAUUCUAACAUGGAGCAAAGGAAGGGUUUGAGAUUGAUACUGUUUCCAAUGCCCCUUCAAGGCCAUUUAAACCCCAUGCUAGAACUGGCCAACCUUCUUCACCACCAAGGAUUCUCCAUAACCAUCAUCCACACCCAAUUCAACCCUCUCAACCCUUCAACCUAUCCACACUUCACCUUCCACUCAAUCCCUGUUGCCUUAUCUCAAGCUGAGGCCUCCACAAGCGAUAUUUUGGCGUUUAUUUCUCUUCUCAAUGUCAAGUGUUCUGAACCCUUCAGAGAAUGCUUGGCUAGGUUGCUAUCAGAUAAUCACGAGCCUGUUACUUGCUUGAUCUCUGACCUUCUGUUUCACUUCACUCAACCUGUUGCUGAGAGCCUUAAGCUCCCAAGGAUUCUAUUAAGGACUUCAGCUGCCUUUUCCUUUUUUGCUUAUGCUGCAUUUCCACUUCUGCUGGAAAAGGGUUACCUCCCCAUACAAGAUUCUCGACUAGAAGAACCAGUUAUAGAGCUUCCACCUCUCAAAAUCAAAGACCUUCCGGUGCUCAAAACUAUGGACCCAGAAAAAUACUAUGAACUAGUGUCAGGCCUGAAGAAGGAAACUGAGGCCUCACAUGGGAUCAUUUUCAAUACUUUUGAAGACCUUGAAGGAAGUUCACUGGCCACAAUUCGCCAAGAAUUCAACAUCCCAAUUUUCCCAAUAGGCCCAUUUCACAAGUGCUUCCCUGCAGCCUCUUCUUCUUCUUCUUCAAGUAGCAGCUUAUUAUCACAAGACCAAAGCUGCAUUCCAUGGCUAAACUCCCAAGCACCAAAAUCUGUCAUCUAUGUCAGCUUUGGAAGCAUUGCUGCAAUAAGUGAAGCCCAAUUUUUGGAGAUGGCUUGGGUAGCCAACAGCAACCAACCCUUUUUGUGGGUGAUCCCACCCGGAUUAGUACAUGGGUCGGAGUGGCUUGAACCACUGCCAAGUGGGUUCUUAGAGGCCCUGAAUGGGAGGGCCCACAUUGUGAAAUGGGCUCCACAAAAGGAGGUGCUUGGCUACCCAGCUGUUGGAGUGUUUUGGACUCACAAUGGUUGGAAUUCUACAUUGGAGAGUAUUUGUGAGGGGGUCCCUAUGAUUUGCAUGCCAUGUCUCAGUGAUCAAAUGGCGAAUGCAAGAUGUGUAAGUGAUGUUUGGAAAGUAGGGUUGCAGUUGGAGCAUGGGAUGAAAAGAGGUGAGAUUGAAAGAACAGUUAGGAAAAUAAUGGUGGAGAAAGAAGGGGAAGAGAUUAGAGAGAGAAUCUUCCAGCUAAUGGAGAAGGCAAAUGUUUGCAUCAAACAAGGUGGCUCUUCAUACCAAUCCUUGGAGGGCUUGGUUAAGCACAUUUUGUCAUUAGAAAAAUGA